UGACGUCAGAGAGUCGCGCCGCUCCUGUUCGUUUUUCGUGAGCGAGAGGCGGUUGUGAAAGAACAAACCAAAGACUUCACUGGACUUCAUGAGUUUCAUCACAUAUUGGCCAGAGACUUUACAGCCUUAAGUACCCAGACCUCCUGUUACCAACCUGGACCUUUUGUUGUUCAGAAGCAGAGGUGACGGAAGGAAUGUUGGAGCUUUGUCUGCUCCAGAUCCUGGGUUUAUACACAAGCAGCCAUGUCUGGCUCCUAUGACUCCAUGAUCAAUGUCUCCAGUGACAGCUUCUGGGAGGUGGGGAACUACAAGCGCGCGGUCAAGCGGGUGGACGACGGGAACCGCCUGUGUAACGACCUGAUGAGCUGCAUCCACGAGCGCGCGCGCAUCGAGAAGUCCUACGCCCAGCAGCUGACCGAGUGGGCCAAGCGCUGGAGGCAGCUCAUAGAGAAAGGCCCUCAGUACGGGACCCUGGAGCAGGCCUGGAUCGCUGUGAUGACGGAGGCGGAGAAGGUGAGCGAGCUGCACAUGGAGGUGAAGGGAGCGCUGAUGGGGGAGGACUUCGAGAAGGUGAAGAACUGGCAGAAGGAGGCCUACCACAAGCAGAUGAUCGGGGGCUUCAAGGAGACCAAGGAGGCGGAGGACAGCUUCCGCAAGGCACAGAAACCUUGGGCCAAGAAACUCAAAGAGAUGGAGACGAUGAAGAAGGCGUACCACUCGGCCUGCAAGGAGGAGAAGCUGGCCAUCAGCAGAGAGAACAGCAGCAAGCUGGACAACAACCCAGAAGCACAGAAGAAACUGCAGGACAAAGUGGAGAAGUGCCAACAGGAAAUGAAAAAGACUAAGGAGCACUAUGAGAAGUCCCUGGAGGAGCUGGAUAAGUGCACUCCUCAGUACAUGGAGAACAUGGAGCAGGUGUUUGAACAGUGGCAGCAGUUUGAGGAGAAGAGAAUCUGCUUCUUCAAAGAGCUUCUGAUGGAGGUGAAGAGCCACGUGGACCUGUCUACCAACCACAAAUUCCAGACCAUUUAUCACACGCUGGAGGACACCAUCAAAGCCGCGGAUGCCGUGGACGACCUGAAGUGGUUCCGGUCCAACCACGGUCCUGGGAUGCCCAUGAACUGGCCUCAGUUUGAGGAUGCGGCGCUCUCCGGUCCUCGCUCCCAUAAGAGAAGGUCCAUCAUAGCCUGGUCUUUAGAUCUGAACCGGUCCCUGACCAAGAGGGAGAAGAAGAAGCCAGGAGAUGGGGUCACUCUAACAGGGAUUAGUCAGGCUGAGGAGCCCACUACCAGCAGCAGGAGCAGCCCUGCUGUGCCGCGCAGCACAGAGCAGGUGAGCUCAAACCCCUUUGAGGAAGAGGAAGAAGAUGAGGAAGAGCUGCCCGUGGAAGCGCCUGAAGGCAGCCCUGUCAAUGUCAUUAAAGAGGAGAUUGAAACCAAAACGUUGGUGACAGAUUCCUCCCAUGCCGGCAAAGAGGAGAAGACACAGGAUUGGUCUGACGAGGAGACGGCAAACCCCUUCACUACUGUCGACAGUGAGAAGGGCAACCCUUUCGAGGACGAGCCCUCGUCCCCUGGCAUCGCUGUGCCCGUCCGAGCCCUCUACGACUACGAGGGGCAGGAACAGGACGAGCUCAGCUUCAAAGCAGGAGAGGAGUUCACUAAGACGGGGGAGGAGGACGACCAGGGCUGGUGCCGGGGGAGGCUGCAGAACGGCCAGGUCGGCCUCUACCCCGCCAACUACGUGGAGGAAGUCCAGUAGCGCUCAGCGCGGCACCAGCUGCA